CCAUCUUCCCAAAUCUUGCAACAAUUGGCAGGUGAUUUCCUUUGUAUUACACUCUCUUAGUUGUCCACUUGUACGGAUCCUCCCUCCUCCUAUUUCUACCCUCUCUCCUACCUCUAUCUCCAAUCUCCCCCUUGUCCUCUGUUUCAACUCUCUCUCUCUCUCUCUCUCUCUCUCUCUCUCUCUCUCUCUCUCUCUCCCCCCUAUCUAACGCUCUGCCCUUGUCCUUUGUUUCAACUCUAGCUCAUCUUUCUCUCUCUCUCUCGUUGUCUCUGUUUCUCUGUGUUUACAUCUCCCUUUCUGUCAGACUCUCUCUCUCUCUCUCUCUCGAAGCUUUGCUCUGUCACUCCGUGUGUGUCUUGUUUCAAAGUCUGGCUUGCUCUGUUUCUUUGUUUCUCUCUCCUCUCUCUCCCUCUACAUCGAUACCCUGAUUCCAUACCAUAAAAAGAUUGUGCCGACAGAGACUGAACAAUAAAGAUUCAAGCCCACCGAGAAGCCCGAGAUUCCUCUCUUGUCUUGCACCGACAAAUGGAGGCCAUUGAACUGCACGACACAGAUUCCCUCCCUCUCUCCUUUGGUUCCUCCGCCAUCGGCCAUGUCGAUCUCGGAUCCGAACCCGGCUCCCCAUCCGGAUUCUACCCGACGAAGCAGAACCCAGUUGCCCAACAGACCGAGGGAGACGACGACGAGUACAUCGCCGAGUUGACUCGCCGGAUGGCCAACGACAUGCUUCAAGACGACGACAAGCACGAAAAGUCGUGGGGAGGCUCUGGUUCGCCGCAAUCGACGCUAUGGUCGCCGUUUGGGUAUGGUUCCGUCAGUCCAAUCGGUCCGUCGCGGGAGCCAUCGCCGCCACUGACGCUGGCGACGGAGAAGUUCGAGAAGAUGAAGACAAAUGCCGAGAUGAAUCCACUUCUGAUCCCUUUCCCAUCAAAAGAAGCCCUCAUCGAUAUCCAAAUCAGAUCGGCUCAAGCGAACUUCCGCAAGACGAAAGAGGAGAGAGAGCAGAAGGAGAAGCGAGAACAAAAGAACCGAAACGACGGCGUUUACGGUAACAGAGCAAGGGCAACGCCGAAACAUUACAGGGGCAAGAGCAGCGGGCACGGCGGGAACUACCACCGGAACGGGUCCGGUGUGAAGGCGGUCUUCCCCGACGGGUCUGGCCCGCGACCCGGAUCGUGCGGAACCGGCGUGUUCUUGCCACGUGGCACCGGCACGGGCACCAGUACUGGCACUGUUCUGGAGUCUCGCAAGAAGACAGGAUGCCCGACAGUGAUAAUACCCGCGAGAGUGGUUGAAGCCGUGAAGUCUCACUUUGACAAAUUGGCUCUGCCCUCCGAUUUCCCUCCACAUCAUGGUAAUCAAACAGAUGCUUUCUUGAUGGCUAUGGACAACAACAACAAAAACGUAUUGCCCCGGCCGAAAAAGUCGUACGCGGAGGUGGUGUCCGCCCGUAGCCGCCGUGGAACACCGUUGGAUCUGCCACCGGAAUGGACCUAUUGAUCCAUUUAUUAGACAAAAACAGCUAGCGGCACAUGCUCUAGGUUCAACAGGUAUGGUCGGACAACUUCCAUAUAAUUAUUAUGGGGACCAAAAUUAGAAUAAUAAAAAUAAAAAUAAAAAUAAUAAUAAUAAUAAUUUUUCAGUUAAAGAAAUAAUAGAUGGAAGGGCGGUGGAAGAAGAAUAAAUGGGGUUAUGAUAUCUGUAAUUUUACUAUGACUUGUUCAUUUUUGCUGCCUCAAGCAAAAUCAAUAAUAUUCUUGGUCAUGAACAAUAAAUGCAUAUGUCUAUGUUAUUGCAAGGUGUUGUGGCUUGUUUUGGAA